GGACCACAUAAAUUACCUAUUAAUAUAUAACGUGAGCGAAGACUCUACAACACCUUUCGCUUUUACCCUAGAUUUCUAAGGUAGGUUAGCGGCAAUCCGAUCUGACAGGCUAUUAUCCAGUUGUACUAUGUAACGGGCUUGCGUCUGAUGGUUCGAGUGCUGGUUUUGCUAACUCUCGUUUGUCAAGUCUUGGAUCAGCCAUCUUAUAUUUCCCUUUUACCGAAUGGGUCCGACAAUUGUAGGUUUAAAGACAACAUUUAAAGACAACAUCUUUCUGGCUUGUUGUGCUUGAUAUGGCCAUCUUGUUAGACGUGGUUGAGCAGUGAAGAAAAAGCCUUUUGGCCAUUCAUAUUUGCCUUCUCCCAAUCUGCCAAUUCAGGGUUCCCCCCUGUCUCUUCCCCCACAGACCAGGAUUCUGGGUGGUUACCCUCCUCCUUUUGCACGUAAUGCCCUGCUACUCGAUCCACACUAGCUAGGAGACUUGCAACCACACAAUGCCGACGUAUCUGUGCCACGGAUUUCGCUGGCAUCGCCCAAGCAUACGGUAUUUCGUUGUUAUCCAGAACGUUGACGACGUCGCGUCAGAAUGGAUUAUAGCGCGGCAGAGCCCUGUCGCUCUCCUUAACCAAUUCUACGAGCUAUUCGACUUCCUACCUCCUUGUCCCCGUCCGGCGCGAAAUCUAAGCCCCUCGCCCCAUCGCAUUCGCAAUGGUUUCCCAGCAAUAAACGGACAUACCUAUUCACGCACGCAUUCGUGCGGCGGCCAAGGGUCUAAGGAGGAGGUAUCCCGAUUUGGAUAUAACGAGGAUGGAAAUGACAGCCGACAGAGCAAACUGUCACUGUCUGGUCGCAGCAAAGCCUCAGAGCAACUACCAACGACCAAGCAACGCGACAAGUUAACUUUAUCUCCGGCGUCAGAACCACCAGAUCCUAACGACGAUAUACCAUUCAAUGAUUGGUCUAUAGUAAAGUUUCUGGAAGAAUUUGACCCAUCGGAUUUAACCACCGUAAGCGGACAAUGGGCAUAUGUGGCAGAUUAUGUGGUGCGCAUAGACACUUCGAUUUCGGUUGCAGAAGAAAUAAGUCGAUACGAGACGCGGAUGAAGAUGGAGCCUUACAAACCCAUGAGCGGCAUGAGUGAGGAAAUCUGCCAUAAGGUAAAUACGUACGGCAACAAGAAAGCAGGCUGGUUUGAGAAGCUUCGCGAUCAACUGCAAAGAAAAGAGAGUAUCCGGUGGUAUGUCGUGGUCUGUGGUGAUGAAGAACGUAUCGGUGCUGAAUUAACUGUGAAUCAAGAGGCGAAAGAUGGAACGGUCAAAGCUAAUGAUAGCGAGAGCCAACCAUCUCAAGGAUUUAUCGAGGAUGGAUUUGAAUUCCGUUUCCCGGAACUGUUAGUACCACACCGGGCCAUAGAGCAGGGGCCGAGACGUCGAAGAGUUGAGAAAAGCAUGACCAAACAGAGCCAGGCGCCUUUGCCGGACAAUGAGCAACCGGCUAUCUCUCCUCCUGCUUCUCUGCAAGUAACUCGUAAAAUGUCGAUAGACCAUGCUAUCAAGCACACGGGUUCCAGGUUUAGCGGCGGACUUAGACGGCUAUUCCUAAGGCGAAAAGCUGAUGGUCUAACCUGAAAUAUGCGCUUGAGAGUGGUCUUACUAUUAGUCGUUCCGAUAUCUUGGGCCUUCCAUAUACAAGUCUCCAUUGGAAGUUCAUGCACCUAUGUCUUAUCCAUUUAGGUUCCUUACGUAGGAUGUUUUCAAGAAAUAGCACGGCACUUUCCAUCAUGGUAUUGACUACAGCCCCUUCUUGCUGGAAAUCGACUAGAAAGUUAAG